CCCGGCUUCCCAUAGUUUGGACGUACAUCUACUGCGCUUCUGCCAUUUGUGCUGAGAGGCAGGUUGACGGAUGAACGCAAUGCUGUCUUCCCUGGCGCUACUGAGCGCGAUGCGUUGUCGCUGAAGCAGGACCGCCGCUGGAGGUGCGGCGACGAGGGUAAUCUUUCGUUUCUCCAAAAUGUUCAAGUCCAGCGGAUAUCCAGCCUCCUGGGGCCGCCGGCACCGAGAUGUCCGGCCAUCGAGGCCCCGCACUUCUCAUUAACCAAGCAACUUCAUCUUCUCCACGCGCAUCUGGCGGCACACACUCACUGACAUGCUCGAAAUACCACGCACGCAGACCGUCGCCGAGGUCGUGAACCCGGGCCCCGACGCCCGCAUGGCGAUCCGGCACGAUGCGCCAGUCGCCACCCCAGGUCCUGGCGAGGUGCUGCUCAAGCUCGAGUGCACCGGCGUGUGCCACUCGGACAUCCGCGCAUAUCUCGGCUGGGGGCCGUACAACGCGAUCGUGGGGCACGAGGGCGUGGGCAGGGUAGUCGCGCCGGCGGGGCAUGAGCUGCUCGGCGCGAGGGUCGGGAUCAAGUGGCUGCACAACGCGUGUGGAGCGUGCAGCCUCUGCAGGAAGGGCAGGCCGAACAACUGCGCCAGCCAGACCAAUACGGGAAAGCACGUGCCGGGGACACUGGCGCAAUAUGUUGUCGGGGCUGCCACGCACGUCUCGCGUAUCCCGGAGGGGCUGGCGAGCGAGGUGGCUGCGCCACUCCUGUGUGCGGGCCUCACGAUGGUCGGCGCGCUGAAUCCGCUCAAGGAGCUGGAGAAGGGCGACUGGGUCGUCAUCUCCGGCUCAGGAGGCGGGCUGGGACAUGUCGGCGUGCAGCUUGCCGCGGCACGGGGUCUGCGCGUCAUUGCGGUCGACGCGGGGAAAAGUAAGAAGACGCUGAGCCUCGAGAGCGGCGCCACAGCAUUCAUCGACUACAAAACAGACGAUGUGGCCUCGGAGGUGAGAAGAAUCACGGAGGAGGGCGCACACGCAGCCAUUGUCGUGCCAGGCGACGCGACGGCCUUCGAGGCUGCGCCGCCGCUGGUGAGGAACGGCGGCGUAAUCGUGUGCGUGGGAUUGCCGCCGAACGACUACACCCUGCCUAUAGGCGCGAGCAUCCUCUCGGCUCGAGCUCUGACCGUGACGGGUGUGUCUGUCGGCACGGAAAAGGAGAUGGACGAGCUCCUCGCACUUGCGGCAGAUGGCAGGGUUACCUCCAAAGUCGAGGUUGUCGACUUUGAGCGGAUCGGGGAGGUGAUGGAGCGGCUGAAGAACGACGAGAUCACGGGGCGGGUUGUAGUCCGGCUGCCUCAGUAGCAGGCAAGGCUGCGAUAGUUCAGCGCUUGGGGGUAUCGAUGUAGGCCUGUGUGUCGGAUGCAAAGAGCUCCCGGAGAUAAGAGCAAUUCAAGCGAUCGCCCAGACAGCCAUACGCAGUACCGCAGGUCCCGCAGCGCAAUGCUGAAAUGCUGAAUAUAAAGAAGCACCGGA